AUGUCAGCAAUAGACCCGGACUGCGGUGUGAACGCGAUGGUCAACUACACCCUUGGUGAUGGCCUGGCACGACCUCAGUUCUCCGUGAAGCCAGACUCUGGGGAACUAUGCGUCUCCGCACCGUUGGAUCAUGAGACUACUAGCGAUUUUGAGUUUCCUGUUAUUGCUACUGAUAGAGGGGGCCUGUCCACGACCGCAAUGGUGAAGAUCCAGCUUCUCGAUAUAAACGACAACGUCCCGGUCUUCACUGUGAGAGAUUACAACGUCUCUCUGAAGGAGGGAAGAAUAUCUAGCAACGAGCCAAUAGUAGCUGUAUCCGCCACAGACGCAGAUUCAGGAAGAUUUGGAACAGUAACUUACAGAAUUGUUAACGGGAACGACAAUGAUGUUUUCCGUAUAGACAGAAGUACUGGAGAGUUUUUCGUAACUAAACCUUCGCUGAUACAAGCUAAUGGAAGAUUUGACUUGGAGGUAUCCGCGACUGAUGGUGGCGGUCUGGCUGCACCACAAGGAGCCAUGGUACAUGUGAACGUGAUACCUGCUGGCGUUGGAUCCGCAUUGUUCGAUAAACCGAGAUAUAAUUUUCGCGUGCGUGAAGACGUGAGGAGCGGAACUAUUGUUGGCAGCCUCAAAGCUACAGCUGGAGCACGAGGCAAACAACUGGUAAGGUACAGCAUCAUCACCGGUGAUGUGGAUAAACGUUUCACAAUCGAACCUCACACCGGUGCCAUCAGAACUUCUGGGAAACUGGAUAGGGAGACUACUUCUUCAUAUCUGCUCAACAUCAGAGCCGCUACUAGCAAUUCAGCAAACUAUGAUCAGACGCAGGUCCAAAUAACACUAGAAGACGUGAACGACAACGCUCCAGAAUUCGGAACUUCAUCAGUGAGGGUAUCAGUGGCUGAGUCAGCAGCUAUUGGCUCAGUUGUAUACGCAGCGAGAGCUACCGACGAAGAUGAGGGGAAGAACGGACAGAUAACGUACAAUCUUGUAUCUGCUUCUGGCCUGGCUCAUACUUUUGCUGUCAAUCCACAGCAUGGACUCGUUACUUUGUUGAGGUCAUUGGACUACGAAAAUCUCGUUCGUCAUACACUUAUCAUCUCAGCCAAGGACAGUGGCAACCCUCAACUGAGUGCCAACCUUACUCUAGCAGUAGACGUACAAGACGUGAACGACAACGCGCCAGUUUUCGAACAUGACACCUACAGCGCGAAUGUUCUAGAAUCGGACACCGUAAAAACAAAGAUUUUAGAAAUACAAGCCAUCGACAAGGAUACUGGUAACAAUGCGCGCAUAACCUAUCGCGUAGUAUCAGAGAAUAAUACAAACGAAGAGCAUUUCAAAGUUCAGCCGGCCACAGGCUGGGUAUACCUCGCCAAACAACUUGAUAGAGAGACGAUAGCUAAACACAAAAUGACAAUAAUAGCUACAGACAAUGGCAUCCCACCGCUGUCAGCGACUGCCAGCCUUAUUGUCAAUGUGGUAGAUGCUAAUGAUAAUGAUCCAGUAUUCUCACAGACUGCCUAUGACUUUCAUGUUGAGGAGAAUCAAAAGGUUGGCGCGUUCGUUGGAAGAAUUGCUGCAACAGAUGCUGAUUUGGGUGACAAUGCCCUACUGAAAUACAGUCUCUUCCCAACUAAUACCAGUUUUGUCGUCAAUCCUAAUACAGGCAUUAUAACAACCAAGGAAAUAUUGGACCGAGAAUAUAAAACUUCGUACUCAUUAUUUGCUGAAGCGCGUGACCAGGGAUCUCUUCCUAGAUCAAGCAGAGUGCCUAUAUCUAUUAAAGUAACGGACGUCAAUGAUAAUUCUCCAGAGAUUAUUGACCCCAGAGAAGAUGUAGUUAGUGUAAGAGAAGAACAGCAACCGGGAGCAGAAGUAGCUAGAGUAAAAGCUAUUGAUAGAGAUAAUGGAGUAAACGCUACUGUAGUCUACUCUAUUUUAAAUGAGAGAGAUAUGGACGGAUUUGGUGUUUUUGUCAUAGAUUCUGAUACUGGGGUUAUAAAAACAAGUACAGUAUUGGACCACGAAGAAAGGUCAAUCUAUCGCUUGACAGUAGCAGCAACAGAUGGAGGGCACCCACCGAGACAGACCGUCAGGCAAUUGAAAGUAGAAGUGUUAGAUUUAAAUGAUAAUAGACCCACAUUUACCAGCUCAAGUUUAUCUUUUAAGGUGAAAGAAGACGCCAAAGUUGGUCAUAUUGUGGGGACGGUUGCAUGCUGUGAUAGUGAUUUACGUGAAAAUUCUAUAAGCGGUGACGAAGAAAGACAAAUAACAUACUUGUUAAUGUCUUUAACAUCGGAUCACUCUCCUGGUACCUUUGAAAUUGAUAGAAGAACUGGCUAUCUUGUUGUUGCAAGACAAUUGGAUAGAGAAAUACAGGACGAAUAUAGGCUUGAAGUUAGAGCGCUGGACACAUCUGCUACAAAUAAUCCACAGAGUAGUGCAGUCACCGUUCGUAUUGAAAUUGUAGACGUCAAUGACAAUGCACCUCAGUGGCCGGAAGAUCCAAUAAAAAUAGAAGUUUCUGAAGUGACUCCAGUAGGAAUGACUAUUUACAACUUUACCGCAAGUGACGCAGAUGCUGGAUCAAACGGAGAACUAAAUUUCAGUAUAAUGUCUUCUCUUCCACUAAAUAAAAAUGCAUUCAAUUUAGAUCCUCUUACUGGUUCUUUAACACUUACUUCUCCUCUUGAUUAUGAACUUCUCCAGGAGUACUGGUUGGUCAUCGAAGCUUCCGAUCUAGCAGCUAAUAUUACAGAGAGGAUGAUUACAUCUGCAACAGUACAUGUGGCUGUUAUUGAUGCAAACGACAAUACACCUACUUUUGUCUCUACUAAUAAAGUAUCUAUAACGUUAAGCACAUUAUCUGGGACUUUAUAUCAAGCUCUGGCAGUUGAUACUGAUUCUGGUGAUAAUGGUAGAAUUUCAUAUUUUAUAGCCGGAGGAAAUGACCAAGCUUAUUUUUCAUUAGAACAAGACACCGGAAAAUUGACUUUGACGAAGAAGUACUCUUCCGACAUAGCAAAAGUAAGACCUGGGCAAUAUAAGCUUAACUUAACAGCUUCCGAUCAUGGCACACCAUUUCCAAGACACAGCCAUAUGACAUUAUUUCUAAAUUUACAAGAGUCAACAAAUGUUCCACCACGAUUUACGGAUUCCUUCUACAGAGCAAAUAUUAGUGAAGACAUACGUCCGAACAGUUUUGUUACAAGACUAUCUGCUAAAUCAUCUAGAGGUAAUACAGGAAGCCUUCGAUUUAUGAUACCUUCCGGUGCCGCUGGUAAUAACUUUGCAAUUGACGAAAGACUAGGAACUGUUACUGUUAAGACAAAAAUAGAUAGAGAAGAAGCUGAUCAAUACAUUUUUCCUGUUUAUGUCACUGAUUCAAGUACAUUUCAAUCCACUACAAAUUUUGACGUUGCGACGGUCCUAAUAAGUGUAUUAGAUGUGAAUGAUAACCCACCUACCUUUAAACCUGGAUCCUGUUACACAUUAACAGUGCCCGAAAAUAAUAACGCAGAAGUUAUACAUACAGUAACAGCAACAGAUAAAGACAUUGGUGCUAAUGGAAUGAUAACAUACAGUAUCAUCUCUGGCAAUAAUGGAAACAAGUUUUCUAUGGACUCUACUACGGGAAAACUUACAGCGAAAACAUUAGAUCGCGAAACCCAGGCCAGAUAUGAUUUAACUAUAUCUGCUUACGAUCAUGGCUCGCCAUUAGCUUUACAAGGCUCAUGUAAUUUGACCGUCAUGGUUGAAGAUCAGAAUGACAAUGAUCCUGUAUUUGAUACUGGACAUUAUUCAGCUGCCAUACCAGAAGAUGCAUCUAUUGAUACCUCAAUUAUUAAAGUCAGAGCUACUGAUGCUGAUUUGGGACUAAAUAAACGAAUCGUUUACUCACUCGCAAAUGAAAGCCAAGGACUAUUUAGAAUAGACAACAAAACUGGCAUUAUUUUUACUACCGGAUACUUUAAUCGUGAGAAAAUAGGUAUUUACCAUUUUGACGCAGUGGCUACCGACCAAGGUCGAUACAUAGCUCGCUCUCAAAGAGUAUCUGUAGAAGUCACCAUAAAUGAUGUAAAUGACAAUAAGCCUAUUUUUACAAAAUAUCCAUUCAAAGAACAGAUGGCCACGCUGACUCCUCCGGGUCAAAGUUUACUACGAGUAUCAGCAACUGAUAACGAUAUCGGAACAAAUUCAGAAAUUCUAUAUGAGCUUCUAGAUACUUCUAAUCAUAAGUUUCGUAUAAAUCCUACCACAGGUGUUCUUACUGCAACACAAAGCUUAGCUAGUGAAAACGGAAAGCUAAUACAUCUCAAGGUUAUGGCUAAAGACAAAGGAAACCCUCCGCAAAGCUCAGUAGGUCUCAUUGAAAUACGAGUUGGAGAUUUUCCCGAGCAUACACCAACCUUAUCUUUUCAAAAUUCCACUUAUAAUAUUACUAUAGAGGAAAAUUUACAAUAUGGUAAAGAGGUAUUACAAGUUACCGCCCUAAGAAGUGACGGUCGGCGCCAAAGAAUAUUCUAUGAAUUUGGUAAUGGCAAUGAUCAGUAUGCCUUUGAAAUAGACUCUAAUACCGGUGUCAUAAGGGUUAACAAUUCAGAUAAUUUGGAUUAUGAGUCCUAUCCAGGACCACGUAGGCAGCUUGUUAUAGUAGCUCGAACAGAAGGCACGCCUACAUUAUACGGAUACUGCAAUGUAAUAAUAAAUCUCUUGGAUCAGAAUGAUCACGCUCCUAGAUUUACGCAACAACAAUACAUAGCGAAUGUUCUCGAAGGAAAUACAAAAGGCGAGUUUGUCGUGCAGUUAGCUGCAAAAGAUGGUGAUCGAGGGGCGAACGCAAGAAUCUUAUAUCAUAUCGUCGAUGGCAAUCACGAUAACGCAUUCAUUAUUGAACCAGCAUUUUCCGGAUCAGUCAAGACAAACAUUGUACUGGAUCGGGAGAUAAGAGAGACAUACAAACUGACUGUCAUAGCAACGGACGAAGGCAAUCCCCAAAUGACUGGCACGGCUACGCUGCGAAUCAACGUGGUGGACGUUAACGAUAAUCAACCGACAUUUCCUCCACCGAAUGUCAUUUCUGUAUCGGAAGGAGCGGAAGUCGGAUCGAUACUUACAUCUGUUACUGCAAAUGAUGUCGACACAUACCCGGCACUAAAAUAUGCGAUUGUUCAAGGAGAUAACACUUUUUCAAUAGACCGAUACAGUGGAAAGAUAGUUUUAAACAGAGCGCUGGAUUUUGAGGGUAAAAAAGUAUAUCAAGUAAACAUAAGCGCUUCUGAUGAUGAGCAUAUCGCAAAAACUACCCUAACAGUAAAAGUUACAGAUGUGAACGAUAAUUCACCAGUUUUCGACGAAAUAUCUUACAACAGAGUAUUACCUGAAGGCAGCGGUGUUAUUGAAAUCGGUUCAGUAAACGCAAAAGACGUGGACAGUGAUGAGAAUGGAAAAGUUUCAUACCACAUUCUUCAACCCACCCCUGGUUAUUACAUAAACUCAAACUCUGGUGUUCUAUAUGUCAACUACAGUGCUUUGCCUGCUCAUCACAGAGAUAUACAAUUGGCUGUGAUUGCCACAGAUAAUGGAAAACCAAAUAGAAGUUCCGUAGCGUCAGUAAGAAUCAGUACUGGUGCUUCCUCGGAAAUAAAACCUUUCAUUGGGCAAGACACGUACAGGAUAACCGUUAAUGAAGAUACAGAAAAAGGGACAUCACUUCUACAAAUUGGCGGAAUUAAUGAUGUUCUCAAAAAGUAUAACUUGGACUUUCAUAUAAUAUCCGGCAAUGAGGGUGAUGCCUUCGACGUUACUACAGAAGGAACCUUGCUUCUUGUAAAUAGAUUAGAUAGAGAAGUACAAGACUCUUAUGUCCUAGGAAUGGCUGCUAUAGAACAAGGAAAGAUCCUCUCAUAUAACCAAAAUAAAACUUCUGUCAUGAUUUUUGUGACUGUGACUGACGCAAAUGAUAACGCUCCAAAGUUCUCUGUCACUGAUUUCGAACUUACCAUAAGUGAAGAUGUUAAAAUAGGUCACACGCUGAUCCAACUAACUGUAAAUGAUGCAGAUUUGUACGGGACUCCGAAUUCUGCUAUUAUCUUCAAUAUUACAUCGGGAGAUGACGAAAAAUCUUUUUACAUACAUCCAAAAACAGGCAUCUUAACGGUUAAUAAACCAAUAGAUUAUGAUAUAGGUAGAACAAAACACAAACUAAUCAUAGUGGCUUGUGAUCAGGGUUCACCAUGUUUAUGCAACGCAGUGUACAUAAAUGUAGAAAUUCUGGAUGAAAAUGAUAAUACACCUACGUUCCCUGUUAGUGAAUAUUUCGAAACAAUAGGGGAGAAUGAGCGAGUCGGGACAUCGGUAUUUACGGCAAGAGCCACAGAUCUAGACAGAGGCAAAUAUGGAAAAUUAAAUUACUCUAUAGUACCAUUGUCGACCAAUUACAAUAGAAACGACGAUUCCUGGAAAAUGUUUCAAAUUGACCCUCUAUCUGGACUCUUAAAUACUAAUGCAGUCUUUGACUACGAACAGAAGAAUAAAUAUGAAUUUUCGAUUAAAGCAUCCGAUUUGGGUGGUAAAAGUUCAACAAUUAAAGUAAGGAUUGAUAUUGAAAGUCGUGAUGAAUUUUAUCCGCAGUUCACUCAGAAGACGUACAAUUUUGGUGUCCCUAAAUCUGGAUCUUUACCAGCGGGCUAUGUAAUAGGUCAAGCAACUGCAACGGAUCGAGAUAAAGGUAUAGAUGGCCGCAUUGUAUAUCAGUUGUCUACUUCACAUUCUUAUUUCAAAAUUAAUAGAACAACUGGUAUUAUUAUUUUGAAGAAAAAAGUUGAAUCCAUUAAGAGCCUAUUUGGUACAGAUAAAUCUAUUAGCUUAGUAGUAACGGCUAGUUCAGGAAGACAAGGUUCACUAACAAAUAAAACUGCCGUCGAAAUACUACUUGACCCAUUAGCAGUAGUUUCUGAAAUUACAAAUCAUAUGAAUGAUACAUCUGUCGCGCAAAGUAGUGGACUUUCCGAUUGGGCAUUGGGAUUAUUGAUAGCAUUUAUAUUCAUAAUAAUAAUAUUUGCUGCGGCAUUUUUAUUCUUGCAUAUGAAAAACAAGAGACAUAAGAAAGGAAACAAACCAGGAUUAAAUUCAGAAGGCGUUGGAGCUACUAACAGCUAUGUCGAUCCUAGUGCUUUUGAUACUAUACCUAUACGCAACACAGGUCCAGUUACUUCUGCUAAUCAAUUCGCUCCUCCAAAGUACGACGAAAUACCACCGUACGGUGCUCAUACAGCAAGCUCUAAUUCUGGCGCAGCCACGACUUCAGAACUUUCUGGGUCUGAUCAGUCUGGCUCUAGUGGCCGUGGAUCAGCAGAAGAUGGUGAGGAUGGAGAAGAUGAAGAAAUACGAAUGAUAAAUGAAGGUCCAUUACAACGUGAAACGGGCAUACAUAGACAAUCAAAUGGAGUAGACGAUGAUAAUCUUUCAGAUGUUUCCGUCCAUAAUACUCAAGAGUACUUAGCAAGGUUAGGAAUCGUAGACACUGGUACUGGUGGAGGAGCUUCGACGUCUUCUCGAAGAUGUUCUGAGAAUGUUGGUAAUAAGGACACAAUGAUGCAUCAUGGGCCAAUAGAUUCAAUGCACAUAUUUGAUGAAGAAGGUGCCCAUGAAAAUGAUAUAACUAAUUUAAUAUACGCCAAAUUAAAUGAAGUGACUGGCAGUGAAAGGGCAAGUAGUGCUGAUGAAGCGAGUGCAGCCGUUGAUAGAGCGAUGGCACUUGGAGCCUUCCCAAGUACAUCAGGAGACAACAACGCUGUACCAACUGCUGGACCAUCUAUGACAGGUAGCUUGAGCUCCAUAGUUCAUUCAGAAGAAGAACUAACUGGUAGUUAUAAUUGGGAUUACUUACUCGAUUGGGGCCCUCAGUAUCAGCCUUUAGCACACGUAUUUUCAGAAAUUGCACGCUUGAAGGAUGAUGCUGUAUCGUUACAAAGCGGAAAUAGUGGUGCCUCGAGUGCUAAGAGUAAAGGCACGUCAAUAUCGGGCGGUAAAAGUGUGCCACCACCUUUACUUACAACAGUUGCACCACGAAGUUGUCCAGCUCCAUCAUUGUCUUGUAGGCAACCACAGCACUUGUUACCAAGGUCACCUAUAAGUCAUGAUGUUUCUGGCGGGUUUUCUGCCGCAGCUGCAAUGUCACCGUCAUUUUCGCCUUCCUUAUCGCCAUUAGCUACUAGAUCACCUUCAAUGUCACCUUUAGUAGGACCAGGUCUUCCACCUGCCCCAGCGAAUAGAAAACCACCUCAUUCCACAAUGAGAAUGUAA